GUCGUAAAAAUCCCGUCAUCAACAACGCCAAGCUGAAAACAGACUCGGGUGCUUGAUAAUGCACUUGUCGAUAUCGAAAGUACGUCCACAGCUUUAAAUGCCAGGUAUCGGUUCACGGCGAAGGUUGGAAUGGAGGCUAUGGAAGAUGAUUGUUCGGACGUAAAAGAUGACCAUAAUCAUAACUACUGUACGGCCAGUGAGGUCCAGAAGAGUUCAAGCGGACAACUCUGCGACCUAACUCCGAUCCAGCAGCCUGUCUGCUUAGCGGUACCGGGAGGUGAAGUGGGGUCAGUUCGGACGGGUUUACUAUGCCGAAGCGCAUCGGGUUCGGAGUUCAUGGACUCGGACUCAGGCAGCGAGUGCAGCGACGUCGGUGGCGAGACCGAAUGCGCGACGCCGGGCGGCGCCUCUGGCCAAGACAAACUCACUCUCGACUCGACUUCAAAGUACCUUCACAAUGCCAUGGCCGUGGAAGACUACCGCAACAACCACUGGCCAAACCUGGAGAAGGCCAUUGAGCGCCUUCUCAUCCAAAAUCCCACAGACCACAUCUCUGUUUCAUACUCUCAAAUAUACAGUUACGUCUACAAAUGUGUUUGCCAGCAACACUCCGAGCUGCUCUACAAUGAUCUGAAAUCCAAAAUAGCAAAUCAUCUACAGCGGGUAUCCUCUGAGCUGAACGAGGUUCCACUUGAAAACCUGAUUGAAAGCUUCAACACCGCCCUGACACAAUACAUCACAUCUCUUCAGUGUAUUGUCCCAGUGUUUAUGUAUUUGAACAAGUUCUACAUUGAAUCCAAGCUCCAUCGUGACCUGAAUCAGGAUCUGAUGAACCUGUUUGCUAAUCACGUGGCAGAGAAAUAUGUCGACACACUGUUGCCUCUUCUCAUUAAAGCACACACAGUGCCCUUCAAAGUACAGCCGUCUACCAUGGCCAGUGUGGUCAAAGGCCUCCACAGCCUCCGACCAGAGUGGUCCCAGUUGGCACCUGCUCUCUUCUCUGACUUUAUUCCUCUAAUCAACCCUCCCGCUCUGGAAUCUCUGCUAUUGGACUACGCCGCUAAUGACCAGAAGCUCCAAAUGGAGCUUUCAAUGAACGGUUUUCAACGGGGUGAUCAGUCUCGCAAGAGGGCCAACGAUGACUUCUGAGUGGAAAGUGGGGAUCUGCAUUUAAACGACCCAACGACCUCACUGUUCCGCAUGUAGGACAAGGUUCAGGAUUGGCUCACGUUUGACGUAGCAUCAGAGUCGGGACGGAGCUUGUGUAAAAGGGAAUUGCGGAAAGCCGGAGCCAGGGGGUGGCG